GAAGCUUUGCAAGGCAGCGCGGGCCCGGCUCGGACAGGUAAGAAACAAAAAGUGCCGAGGGUUCAAACAGCUGCUUUCCUACCACCACCCCCUCCCCACGACCUGCGCCCUUCCCUCUCCAAGGUUUAAACCCAGCCGCCGAUGCGCGGUGCGAUUGCAACCGAGCCCGCCGCCUUUGCAAAACUUGGCCUGCAAAGAGAGCUGGUGCUCUGCACAAGCUCAGGAACCCCACAGCUUGGGCGCUCCGAGCCUGACCUCCCGAUGGCUCCCUUCCUGCUCCGCUGCUCCUCCCUGACCCGGAGGCAGCGGCUGAAAAGAGCGGCUUUUAUUUGUCUCCAGCGGCGGCCUCUCUCCGGGCGGGUCGUGCUGGGGGCGUAAGCGGGUUCUUGCGCAACGGGGCAGCGGCUUGGGCGCAGAGCCACAGGCGGGCGCAGCGGUUUCGGAGAAGCGAGCGGGGCUGGGCGGCUCUUCCUGGGCAGGAUUGGGUUCCCAUCAUCCUGGGCAGGUGAUUCAAGGAGCUGGAGCUCGGGAACUCCGGGUCAAAAACUUCCGCGAGUUCCGCCUUCAUGGCAGAAAAGGCUCUGCGAUUUGAAACCGAUUCCGACUCCAAUCUGAGCUAGGGAUCCGAGUUUGUUUUCUGGCUUUCGGUUAUUUAUUUAUUUAUUUGUCAGUCAUACAUAAGGUAACAGGUAAAAGUAUAAACAUCAUUUGGAUACAAGAAAAAAGUUUGCAAGUUGAUGCUCACCAAAGAUGUCUGCUGUUGGGUUGAUGUCCUCCUGCGCAUGUGCCCGUUCCCUGGUGCCUUUACUGAGGUUGGGGAUCCCCAAAACGUGUUCGUCCCAGUUACACACGACAGCCGGGUCCGCUUCGAAAGAUUACUACGAGGUGCUGGUGCUUGGUGGAGGCUCAGGCGGGAUCACGAUGAGUGCCCGGAUGAAGCGGAAAGUAGGAGCUGACAAUGUGGCCGUGGUGGAACCCCAGGAGAAACACUAUUAUCAGCCCCUCUGGACUUUAGUUGGAGCUGGGGCGAAACAGUUGGCCACUUCAGAACGUUCAACAGCUAGUGUUAUUCCUUCAGGGGUAAAGUGGAUCCAGUCCAAGGUGGAAAAGUUGGAUCCAGACAACAACUGUGUCUAUUUGGGGAACAAUCAAAAGGUAUCUUACAAGUAUUUGAUUGUUGCUCUCGGGCUGCAGCUGAAUUUUGAAAAGAUCAAAGGCUUGCCUGAGGGUUUUAAGUUUCCUAAAAUUGGUUCCAAUUAUUCCAUUCACACAGUGGAGAAAACAUGGAAAGCUCUGCAGGAUUUCGAAGAAGGAAAUGCCAUUUUCACCUUUCCAAACACUCCAGUGAAAUGUGCAGGGGCGCCACAAAAGAUCAUGUAUCUGACAGAGGCGUACUUGAGAAAGACUGGAAAACGGUCCAAAGCCAAGAUCAUAUUCAAUACUUCUCUUGGAGUGAUAUUUGGUGUUAAGAAGUAUGCUGAUGCUCUAUUAGAGAUUAUCAAGGAAAGAGAUAUUAUAGUGAACUACAAAUGGAACCUUGUGGAAGUCCGAGCAGAUAAGCAGGAAGCCCUAUUUGAAAACUUGGACAAAGCUGGUGAAACGGAAGUUUAUCGGUAUGAAAUGCUUCAUGUCACUCCACCCAUGGGUCCCCCUGACGUCCUGUUAAACAGUCCAGUUUCUGACGUCGCUGGAUGGGUGGAUGUAAACAAGGAGACACUGCAGCAUGUGAAAUACCCAAACGUUUUUGGGAUUGGAGACUGCACCAACCUCCCUACCUCCAAGACUGCUGCAGCUAUAGCUGGCCAGUGUGGUGUACUUGAUAAAACAAUUUCAUGUAUCAUGAAAGGCAAAACUCCCACUAAGAAGUAUGAUGGAUAUACUUCCUGUCCUCUGAUAACCAACUACAACAGAGCAAUCCUGGCUGAGUUUGAUUACAAUGCUCAGCCUUUAGAAACUUUUCCAUUCGACCAGAGCAAAGAGAGACUGAUAAGUUUUCAUCUGAAGGCUAAUAUGAUGCCUUAUCUGUAUUGGUAUGGACUUCUGAAGGGAUAUUGGGGUGGCCCAGGUCCAGUGAGGAAAAUAUUUCACCUUGGGUUGAAGUAAUCGUUGAAAUCAUCUCCUGCCAGCUACAAACCAUGUAACACUUUUAAUUUAAAAAAAAAACACAUUCAGAGAUUCUCCACAGAAAUUAAUAAAAUCACUUCUCUGUAGGACUGCAA